AUGGAAAACAAGGAGAGAUUUUCAUUGCUGCUAUUGGAACCUGGAGAGUACUAUUUUGAAGAUUACAUAGCUUCAUUAGCAGUCACUGAGAAUGAUACCUGGCUUAGUGGACGACUUAAAGUAUGUUCAUUAUCAUUAGUUUUUGAUCCAAAAGAUUAUCAUAAACCAAUUUUAAAAAUACCGUUUACACAAUGUGGAUCCAUUACUAAGAGUUCAGACAAAGAUUCAAAUAUAUUAAAUAUAAUAAGCAAACAGUACAUUGAAAUGUUAGAUCAUAAUGUAUUAGAACCUUACAAGUUCGUUAACGAACUAUCAUUAUUCAGAAUCUAUUUAAAAUAUGCUCGAGUGGAGAAUUGCUUAUCUCUUAUAUUACAACUACAUCGAGCUUCUUCUUUGCAAACUGCUGAACAUAGACAUAUGGCUGCAGCAAUAGCAUUUGGUAGACAAACACUUAUUACAUUUGAUCCAACAUGGUUAGAAUUGGGUGAAAAUAUAAUAAUAGAAGAAGUUGGCCAGAAAAUAACACCUCUUAGUAUAAAUUCUGGAAGAAUAGUAUUGACUAGUUUACAUGUGUAUUUCCAGCCUUUCAACAAUAAUGAGAUGACUUUAUACUUAAAAAUUAAAUUGUCAGAAAUAAAGCGAAUAAUUAAAAGAAGAUUUUUGCUACAACAAGUUGGUUUAGAAUUUGAAUAUGAACCCAAUAAACAACUGUACUUGACAUUUAAAAAUACUGAAAUACGAGAUAAUCUUUACGAUAAUUUAUUAAAUCAGUCAAAAGUGAAAGUGGAAAAACGCGAAAGAUGCAUCAUGACACUAAAAUGGCAAAAUGGCGCUUUGUCUAACUAUGAUUAUUUACUGUACUUAAACAGUUUGGCUGAUAGAACUGUUAACGAUCUGACACAGUAUCCUGUUUUUCCAUGGGUUGUAGCAGAUUACUCAUCACCCACCCUAGAUUUAACUAACUCAAAUACAUUCCGUGACCUUACCAAACCCAUUGGCGCCUUGAAUCCAGGAAGAUUAUUAAAACUCCAGGAUAGAUACAAUGAAAUGAAUGUACCUAAAUUCUUAUAUGGAUCUCAUUAUUCAACUCCUGGAUUUGUUUUGUUUUAUUUAGUACGUAAAUAUCCUCAAUACAUGUUGUGUUUGCAAAAUGGUAGAUUUGAUCAUCCAGACCGAAUGUUUAACAGUAUAUCAGAUGCCUGGAGAAAUGUGUUAAACAAUAUGUCAGACUUUAAAGAGCUAGUUCCAGAAUUUUAUGACACUGAUCAAUGCGGUGAUUUUUUAACUAACAAAUAUGCUAUUGAUUUUGGUACUAGACAUGAUGGUCGCAAAGUUGGUGAUGUUGAACUUCCUCAAUGGGCAAAUAGUCCUGUUGACUUCAUUUCUAAAUUGAGACAAGCUCUAGAAAGUGAUUAUGUGUCCAAUCAUUUACACCAUUGGAUAGAUCUUAUUUUUGGUUAUAAACAAAACGGACCAGAAGCAAUUAAAGCAAAUAAUGUGUUCUACUACUUAUGUUAUGAGGGAGCUGUUGAUUUAAACAAUGUUCGAGACUGGAAUCAAAGACAUGCCUUAGAGGUGCAAAUUAUGGAGUUUGGACAAAUACCAAAACAGAUAUUUGAAAAGCCACAUCCACCCAAAACAUGUUUAUUAAUUAAAGAUUUCCAAAAGUUUGGAAUUUUACCAAAUAUAGAACAAUACUGGAAUUGGAAGAAUUUGAGUGUAUUAAAAUUAUUCACUACGACUAUACAUAGAGAUACAGCUACAAGUGUCAAAUUUAGUGAAGACAUGCAAACAGUUUGGUCAGUUGGAUAUGAUGCUAUGCUUAAGGUUCAUUGCAUAUCAACUCAAAAACAAAUUAGAAGUGUUAUCGUACAGGGUUUUCCAGUUAAAUUUAAUGAUAUAAUUUUACCGUCAAAUUAUACAUCAACAGCACUGAUUGCUACCAUGCAUGGGUCUUUGAUUGUUUAUGAUAUUGACUGUUGUCGUAUUACUGAUGAUUUUAGAGCUCAUGAAGAUUCCAUAUCUUGUUUAGCAUGGUCUAAAAAUGGAUUCUUAAUAACUGGUUCUUUAGAUUGUACUGCUCGUAUUUGGAAGGCUCCACAAGCUCCUUGGACCAAAAUUGAGUUGAUAACUUCUCUUAAAGCUGAACUGGAACAUGAAAAUAAAGUUACAAGUUUAGCUCUUUCUGUGGAUAACAAAUUGUUGGCAACUGGAACUAAUGUAGGUGAAAUUUUUCUAUGGUCGUUUUUUGACUAUUCAUUUAUACAACAGUUACCAGGACAUGCAGACAGUGUAAAUAAAAUGUGUUUUAGUCGUGAUUGCUCAAAACUUCUUUCAUGUUCUGAUGAUUGCUGUUUCAAAGUGUUUGAUUCUGAUAGUGGAUUAGAACUUUACACUAAUACUCUUCAAUGCCCAUUAAAGACAUUAGCAUGGGAUGGAUAUCAUGUUUUUGUUGGUGGUGAAAACGGAAUCUUGUAUUUGUGGGACUUAGAAAAAUUUGAACUUAUUAACAAAAUUCAGACACAUCCUGGUGGUUUAUUAGAUAUGGAUGUUUCUAAUGACGGAAGUAUGAUUGCAACUGUUGGUAAAGAUCGGUUGGUUUAUGUAUGGAAAACAUCUUUUGAUAAUUAG